AUGCAGACCGUGGACAAAAUCCAGAAGUCUCGAAAUAAGGGCCCGGCUUGCACUCAAUGCCGCCAGUUGAAGUUGAAAUGUGACUCCAGCCAAACAUUCCCUGCUCCCUGCAGUAGGUGUGCCAGGACUGGAGCUCGAUGCCUGAUCGAUUCUUCUUUUCGGCGAGAGAAGCGCCAGGAGCGCAUUGAAAGAUUGGAAGAGGAGCUGCUCCAGGCGAAACAGAAACUGGAACAUGCACCGUCUGCUUCUGACCGAGUCUCAGCAGAACCCCAAGCUCGUCCACCUGGAGGCGAGGAGGACUUCACUUCUUUCCCUUUCGCAUCUUUUACCGGCGAAAUUGAACCGGCGACUCUGGAAGACAUCACAAUCAAUCCUCAUUCCAUUGUGGAGCUGUUUGAGCGCUACUACCUCCAUCACCAUCCACGAUUUCCCAUCUUGUCUGCACCCUCAAUCACACUGAGGUCGUCCAAGAAAUGGCCUCCUCUGUUCUGGAGCAUUAUCUUGGUAUCAGCAAAAUGCCGUCAACACGCCAGCUUAUACUCCAAACUUAGCCAGCCGCUCAAGAGGCUUGUCCUAAGUCCCGAAUACCUUGCAAACCGAUCUGUUGAAAUGAUCCAGGCUCUCUUGCUUCUGUGUACCUGGGCAGGAGGAGACGAUAGAAGCUGGACCGACCUGUCGUGGACCUACAGCGGGAUUGCCACACACGCUGCUCUCCAAAUAGGCUUACAUCGACCGGAAUACAGCAACGAUUUCAUUUACGGCUCAAAAUUUGAUGAAGAUGCUAUUGUGCCUAGGAGAAAGGCAUGGAUUGCCUGCUUCAUAGUGAAUGAGAUGGCAAGCCGCAGAAUUGGUGUUCCAUGCACCACCCCUAUCGACCAUACCAUCCUUGAAGCGUUGUCGUCGCCCUCUCCCGCCAUCCCAUCUCGACUCAAACAACAACUCCAGAUCGCGUAUUUGUCGUACCGAACAAACACUACCCUAGGCAACUCCGAUCUCAGUCCGGCUGGCGUCCUUCAAAGCUCAAUCUCGGCCAUCCACAUGUUUGAGAAAGAAUUCUCUCUAAUGGAAUCGACAUCUGGCCUGCUAUGGUCGCCGCACGAGGAAGUUCUUUUCCUGGGAUCUAAGCUGAACCUUUAUAUCUACGCAAUCACCUCCUCGAACCCCACCAGUGAAAACGGCCGACACUCGAAUGUCGACGAGUUUAUAGGGCCAGCUCUCGCGACAGGGUUGAAGCUCAUUAAUAUAGCCAAUAAUGCCGAAGAGGAAAUCAUCUCCUGGAGCGUGCACACCAAGGAAUCCCUCAUCGCAGCAACGUUUUUCCUUUUGAUGCUCAGAGAUAGCGAGCACCCACUGGUCGACCUCGCCGCUACUAGGAAGGCAAUUGGCCAGGCCUGGAAUACUCUCCACGCAUGUACCGUCACCGAGCAUGACUACCUGACGAGAACGUGCACCACCAUCUCCUACCUCAGCCAACAUCCCUUGAAGCGAGAGGGAAACGGCUUCGCAUUAAGGACGAAGUCAAGGAUGGCGUCCAGCAUCAUGUGGGACACCAUACGGCGGCUGAAGGAGCAAUUCGGGCUCGAGAAGCCCGCGCAAUCUCUAAGUGAACGUCUCGCUGCCGCGAGUAAUCGUACGCAGCAGCCUUCCGGCGCGUUUGGCGCGCCACCGUACCCAGAUAAUCUAUCUUUCGAGUACUCGGGAGGCGAUUUGAUCGAUUGGGACUCGCUAUUCAACGAACUGGGGGAUUUCUACAUCCCGCCACCGGAAAUGACGAUCUAG